AUGACAAAGUUGAAGGUGUUUUUGAAUUGUGAGAUUGCUACGUAUGCUUGGGAGAAGUUGAAGAAAAAGAAUGAAGAAACUGAGGCAGUUAAAAAGGCUAGGUUAAGAGUGUUGGCCAAGUCUUUUGAAAAUCUGUCCAUGGAUGAAAAUGAAUCAGUCUUUGAAUUUCAUGCUAAAAUUUGUGAUAUAUUGAAUGAAUCUUAUGCCAUUGGAAAGGCCUAUGAAGAGAUGUUUGCUCAGUGGAGUUACAUGGCCAAGAGAGUUAAAGAACUACAAGAUCUAAACAAGGCUCUUGAUGAUAGUAAGAUUGAACUUGAGGAGAAACUGAAGUGCAUGACAAUAAAGCUAUGUUCUAAAGAUAGUGAAAUAUAUAAGUUGACUGCUGAACUUAUUGAUGGACCUAGUUCAUCUUCUUCAGAUGGAAAGGUGAAGUUUGUGUCUACUGUAGUAAAUAAGGAAGGUGAAUCUGACAAUAACUUAGUUGAAUAUGAGAAGAUUGCUAAAAAGGAAUUACCUUUAAAAGGAGAGCAUACUACCAGGCAACCAGAACGCUUCAUUCCCAUUUGUCAUUUUUGCAACAAAAGAGAUUCAUCUAAGACAUGGAAAUCCAAGGUUGCAAAUCUUGCUUUGGUGGCACACACUUCUCUAUCUACUAUGAAGGAGAAUCACUGGAACUUUGAUAGUGGUUACUCGUGGCAUUUGACAGGCUCUAGAGAAACCUUACAAAAUUUUCAAGAUUCUAAAGAAGGUUUGGUGACUUUUGGUGAUGGUAAUAAAGGGAAAAUUUUGGGACAAAGAGAUAAAAAUCUCUCAAGUACAUUUCAGUUAAUUGGAGUCCUAUUUGUUAAAGGAUUCAAAGGAAAUUUGAUCAGUAUCAAUCAGUUAUUUGAUGUUAAUUAUGAUGUUCAAUUCACUAAGUCUUAA